AUGGAUUACUUACCUUUUAAUUUUGUGAUCAUCCUUCUCUCUGUUAUUGGCUUACUUAUGAAUAUUUUUUUAGUCUUCUGUAUGUUCUUUCCACAGCAAAGAACAAGGCGGCUGAAACAACCACUUAAUGUUUUGCUGGGAACACUGGUUGGCUGCAGCAUCACUCUUCAACUCUGCAAUCUGACCUGUGCAAUCAUGAGUUUUUCCUCAGGUUUUAUGAGUUAUUUUAUCAUAAUACAAUUGGCUUAUUUUACUAUGAGGUCCAGUGUAACCUCAUCCUUUUGGCUGAAUGUGUUCUACUACUGCCAGAUUGUUCCUGCUAACCAUUCUGUGUUCAUUUGUUUGAAGAGGAACAACAGAUUCUUCAUAUACUCAGCUCUGAUAGCAGAUAAAAUCUUCUUCCUGAUUGGGUUCUCUGCAGGCAUUACAUGUUCUGCAGUACAUGCUGAGCUUUUUUGUGAAAAUGACCACAAUACAACAUACACUCAAUUUAAUGAAACACAGAAUGCCAAAAUGGAUACACUGCAAGUUGUUUUUGCGAUAGACAGCUGGAUACGGUGUGGUUAUUUAUUGCUCUGUCUAUUUGUGAUGUUGACAUCAAACUGCGUGACAAUUCUCUACCUACAGAAACACAUGAAAAGCAUGGAGGGAAGCAAUUUCUCGUCUGCUCGUGUCAAAAGACAGAUGAGAGUGAAAAUCACAGGCAUCAUUCAGACUCUCCUUUCUUUCUUUUGUUUAGUCUGGAUGAUAGUGGAUGACUUACUCCCUCAAUAUAUUAAUUUAUAUGCUUACAUUUAUGGUACUGUUGGCUGUUUCUACUCUCUUGGAACAACCAUUAACUUAUGUGUUGGCCAAACAAUAUUUCGUAGCUGUGUGGUUAAAGUUUACCAACAAUGCCUUCAGUCACUUACUUUCUUAUCUAAUUAA